AUCUGCCUGUUGAAGUCGCUCAAAUUCCACCAUUCCAGAGUCGUGUCGACCAACAUUCAACACUUUAUUACCAUUCUCUGAGACGUCAUAGAUAAAAACUCACUGUUGGUGUUACAUGCUUGAAGAGCAUGCAUGUGUAGAGCAUAACAGCAGUCGAAUGUUUUUUAGAAUUUCACAAUCGAUCGACUUUCAAAAACCACUAUACACUCGGUGCGGUGGUAGAACGGUAUUCUGUGCCAGACGGAGCUAAAAAUGGAUAAUCAAGGAAUGGACCCUCAGCAGGGGGUAAAUAACCCGGCACCACAACACGUCCAACCAAGGUACCCAGUGCAGCAUGGCUAUCAAGCGCAGCAACAACAGGGUGGCUACCCGUCGCCACAACCAUACGGUCCGCAGACGGGCUACGGGCAACCAGCCAACACGACGGCGGUCGUCAACCAACAGCCUCCUCCGCCAGACUACGGCUUCCCGGACGGAAAGGCCCCGAGCAUUAUCUUAAUUCUCGUCGCAAUUUUCAACUUGCUUUACCUGAUUAUCGUGGGGGCCGUAAGCGGAAUUUGGGCGGAAUCAGCACUCAUGAUUAUCCCACUGAUAGUCCACGGAGUCGUCGGAGGGCUGGGAAUCAUGGGUUCCUUCACAGCACCGAGGUCUUCAGCGUGUGCCAUUUGUUGCAUCAUCGCCGCUGUGAUUUCUAUGAUUGUAGCAUUCUGGCAGGUGUGGCAACUUUCCGUAGAAACUAGCUUGGUUGGCAACAUAAACCGAACGUGGCCAGCUGUGAUUCGGAUUGUCGUGGAAUUGGGAGCGUUCAGUUGUAGUUUGGCCAUGAUCAUUAUCCCGAGCAAGAAGGUCUGCUGCAAACAAAAUCCGCAAUCAGGGGGACAGGUCCUCUACGCACAGAAUACGACGGCCCCUGCCUAGUAAACAAUCGAGGAUUAAGAACAAUUUGGAAGAAUAAGGCCACAGGGUAGUUUAUGAAAUUCGUAUCAUCGUUUCUAUUAGCCAAAGCCCAUGACGGUUGGUCACAGCUGGACAUUCAAAGUAACCAGAGUGAUAGGUAGAUGUGCAGUCACGCGUCGGUUUUAUGAGAAUUGGGGAAUGAAUUUGAAGGGUCGGCGCUUUGAGCGACUGAAACCAGUUGGAUUUUAGAGGCAAUGAUAAAUCAAAAGGAUCAAAAUGCUGAUUAUGAUAAAAAUUACAAUGAUGUUUAAAAAAGUAUUUGUUUUAAAUCUAACUUCAGGUGGUUCAAACAAGACAAAAUCGUGUAUAUUUCCGUCAGAAAUUUUUUAUUUGAAAAGUAACAAUUUACGGAUUAACAUGAUAGGUAAUCGAGGAUAUGCAUAUCGCUACAACUAAAGAGCCGUUUCAGAUGGAUUAUCUCCAUCCCUAAUGAAUCACUAUAAAUUACAGCUAAUAAGACUUUGGCUUUUAUAUUGGCAAGUUAUCUGAAAGCAAUACAUCAUUUGAAAAAUGUCUUUCUUUGAACACUUGUAUAAUGUAUAGGAAAAUAUGGCAUCAUGCCGGGUGUUCCUCGGGAAAUGCCUAUACGUACUAUAAUAUGCUCUGUUGUUCAUGUGGUACGCAUAUACGGUAUGCAUAAUUUUUCGAUGGUUUGGUACUCCCUUCUCCCUACACAUACGUACGGUAGAGCGCAUACAACCGACCUCGAUAGCCUAAUGGUUAAGACGUCCGCCUCGUGAUCCGCGGAAGGUCGAAGAUUCGAGGCCCGCUGGUAACCUCUUUCCGAUGCGGCUGGUUGGUUAGCCGCCAGUCAGUUAAAUAUAGGGUACAAACUGCCUUCUCGCCAGGCGCUUUGCUUAAGAGAGAAAGGAGUUUGGAAGUAAAGACUGUCUCAUAAGCCAAAGCUGGCAAGCCCUUUCAUAAGUGUUGACACUAUGAUAAAAAAACCCAAUGCAACCACCUGCCUACGUACGCAAAUAGAUCACAGUUCGAUAUUAGUGUAUGUAGUUAAUGGCAUAGUCCAUGUCGUCAUGCUGUAUAACACAUGAAACCUGUUUUGUACAAUCUGAUUCAAUAUUUUGUUUCAUACUUGGUGACAUGUUAUGGCGAAUACGAAUGUCGGGUCAUCUUUCAAUCCCCCUCAACAUGAUCGCAAGAUGGACCUCAAAUUUACAAAUGCCCUCCCCUGUGUUGAUACAUAGUAAAUGCACGGCUACAAAGUAAAUGCAAUGCAUUUGUUCAUAAUCAUUGAAUAUACAUAACCUAGUUCCACGGAUCUAAGACAGGUGCUGAAUAUUUAAAAAAAGGGCAGAUGCAGGUCAUGCAUAUCUGCAGUGGUUUUUCGAUGCCAUUCAGAAUGUUCAAUUUGGAGUGAAAAUGGGUUUGCAAAACCAGUUCCCGGUGGUUAUGACGUCACGUUCCGGCUUAGUCUUGGUGUCAAUUUCUUAGUGAAUAUUGAAGCGGUUUAGGUCAGUUUCAAUCUAGAGUUUAUUAGAAAAUAUUAGCUCUACUCAUC